AUGAGGCAAGUUGUCGUGUCGGCACUCACCAUUUUGGUGCUCUCACUCCUCUCCGCCACCACUCAUGCACACAACAUUACUCAAAUCCUAGCUAAACAUCCUGAAUUCUCCACCUUCAAUCACUACCUCACCGUCACCCAUCUGGCGGCAGAGAUCAACCGCCGCCGCACCAUCACCGUCUGCGCCGUCGACAAUGCUGCCAUGAGCGAAAUCCUCGACAAACACUUCUCCCUUUACACUAUCAAAAAUGUCCUCUCUUUACACAUCUUUGCUGAUUACUUCGGUGCCAAAAAGCUCCACCAGAUCCCGAAAGGCUCCACCACCACAUCCAGCCUCUUCCAGGCCACCGGCGAGGCCGCCGGCACUUCCGGCUACGUGAACAUCACCAAUUCCAAAGGGGGCAAAGUCUACUUUUCACCACAAGACAGCGAAGAAGAAGCAACAUCCACAUUCGUCAAAUCAAUCGAUGAAAUCCCUUAUGUCGUUGCUGUAAUCCAAAUCAGCCAUGUACUGCUUUCGCCGGAAGCUGAAGCUCCGGCCGGAGGACCCAAAGAUCUGAACGUCACUUCAUUAAUGGCGAAACAGGGCUGCAAGGCAUUUUCCGAUCUGUUGACAAGCUCCGGUGCCGCCGACACUUUUUCACAAAGUGUUGAAGAUGGUAAAAUUUCAUUGCUUUUGUAUCAUGGGGUUCCUGUUUACCAAUCUUUGGGUAUGUUGAGAUCCAGCAAUGGAUUGAUGAACACUCUAGCUACAGAAGGAGCCAAUAAGUACGAUUUUACAGUACAAAACGAUGGAGAAGACGUGAAACUGAAGACUAAAGUCGUGACUGCAACUAUUAAAGGGACAGUGAUUGAUGAAGAUCCGCUGGCAGUUUUCAAAAUUGAUAAGAUUUUGCUGCCCAGAGAGCUGUUCAAGGCAGCGCCGCCUGCUCCGGCUCCGAAAUCGCCGAAACCAGCCAAGUCUAAGGCUAAGAGUGGUAGUGAGGAGGAUGCAGAUGCUCCGGCUCCCGGAGACGACGACUCUGUGCCGGCGGAUGAGACGACGAAUAGUAAUGCGGCUGCCGGAAUCCAUGGCGGGUGGUUUAUUAAAGGAAUCUUCAGUUUGUUUCUUGGAGUUUUUGUGUGCAAUAUUUGA